AUGUCCUCAAACACCAAUGCCGGCCAGUGCUGGAAGUUCCCUGCCUCGAUCAUCUCCAAGCGCACCUCGAACCCCAUCCGUACCAUCGUCUAUCACAUCAAGGCUGUGGGCGACAAGGUUACUCAUCCUGAGGCUCCUUUGGUCACGCAGGAUGUGAUUCUUACGAGUGGAUGGGCGGGUGCGUUGGAUAUGUGUAUUGGAGUUCUCUGA